AUGGCGACAUUGGAAAACUCGUGUGUAUUAUUUUCUCGUCUAUGUGUAGAGCUUUUUCACGAGAUUCCCCUUCUCCCAUCUGACGGCGAGUUUACAACUUUUGAGGGACAGUUUUUGCGCAGAUGCCAAAUAGAGUUUGAAAACUCAUCCCCCAAAACAGAACAAUUCCCACUUGUUUAUGUUGAUGAAUCAACUUAUUGGAGAUUCAUCAAGACCGUUAGGGUUUUGGCUGAAAUUUUCAAGAAUACGAAGAUCACUGAAACAACACGGAAAAACAUAACUAAGGAACUUAUGAAUCCCAUCUGUCCACCGGAGAGGAACACUGAUGCUAUGAAUUUGUUUCUCUGCUCCAUUGGAAAACUAGCUGACUUAGAGUUUUCUAAUGAAAAUCUGAAUCAGCUAGUUCAAAGUUCUCUGGCUGUAGAGUUGGAGAGAAAAUACAAGGAAGAAGUCAAGCUUAGGAAAGAGGCAGAAGAUGCACUUGCUAAGAAAGAGGGAGAAGUGGAGAUGGUGGUACUGUUGCUUGAGUCCUACAAGAAAGAACUAGGUAAAGUGCAACUUGAAGCUCAGGCCUUAGGGCACAAGUAUGACGCAGAGUUGCAGCUUAGAAAAGAAGCAGAAGAUGCACUUGCUAUAAAAAAGGAAGAAGUAGAGGUGAUGGAAGGGCAACUUGAGUCUUACAAGGAAGAACAAGGUAAAUGUCAAUCACAAGUUCAAGAAGCCUUGGAGCAAAAGCAUGAAACAGAGUUGAAGCAGCUUCGGACAGAAACUCAACUAAGCAAAGAGUUGGAGGGAAUAAAGCAACUGCAUGAAGCAUGUAUAAUAGAACAAGACAACCUGAAAUCACAGGUCUUAACUUGGCGAGACAUGUACGACCAAGAGUCAACUGUUAGGAAAGAAACAGAGGAUGCUCUUUCUAAAGAAAAACAAGAGCUCGAGACUGUCAAAGGACUACUUGAAGCGUCCAGGCAAGAAGCAGAUGUGAUGCGACAAGAGAGGGACAAUGAUCUCAAAACAGCACAAGAGUUAAUGACAGAGCGCCAACCUCUAUCAUCAUUUGUCUGCCCUAUCACACAGGAUGUCAUGAAAGAUCCGCACGUUGCUGCCGAUGGAUUCACAUACGAAGCAGAAUCUAUCAAGAAAUGGCUUAGCACAGGUCACAAGAGGUCGCCGAUGACAAAUCUUCAACUUGCUCAUGUCAACCUUAUCCCUAACCGUACUCUCCGGUCUGCGAUUCAGGAGUUGGUUUGA